ACUGGUGGCUAGGGCCCUGAUGUAUUUAUAAUACAGUGCAGACUUUUAAUUGAUCUAUUAGCUAGUGUCUUACAAUAAUGUCACAACUAUUCGUGAUUAUGUUAGUUUUGGCUCUGACUACAUCCGUCACUGCUGAUGUUGGAACUAGUUGUGAACCAGGAGAGAAUGUGUGCUCAAAGUGUUACGAUGUGCUUGUGAAUGAGAUAAUAGCGAGUGACAAGAAUCGAUUUAAUCUCCAACGUGCCUUCUUCCCACCCGAUACAUCAUAUCCAGUUUUUGUGACGGUGACAUACUAUUUUACGAGAAACAUGUCUGGAAAUGGCUCCACUGAUUAUUCUGUAACUUCCCCCAAUCAAACCUGGUUUUGGACACAGUCCACUUUCUACUUGUUCCAACCUGUCCAGUCGCUUCAGUACACAUCUCUACUGUUUUCUGACUCUGAUUUCCGGGAGACAAAGGUUUCUCUAUACUUGCAGCCAGACUGUAUGUACGCUGAUCCUGACAUGAUAAAGCUACUGACUCAAAGAUUAAAGCUGCUUGCAAUGCAGCAGAAAAUUCUUUCUCCAAUUACGGAUAGCUACAGUGCUAAAGGAGAGAACCUUAUGACACUGAAGAUGUUUCACAGAGGUGAGAACAUGGCAAUUGUACAAGGGCAACACUUUACAAACUACGGAUUUGCCUUCCAAGUAGUCUUUCCUAUAGUCGUAAUGUUUUUUCUCAGUUUGCUGUCACACCAUUUAGUUGAAAAUGACUCAAAAGGGUUCUUAAAAAAAGUAAGAACAUUUCUAGAACAAUCUAACGGAAAUGCCAACCAAGAAGAUGAUAACAUACAUGAUAUGGACAGCAUUAAAGUAUCAACAAGGAAUAUGUACAUUGUUAUUUUAGUGAUAUGCUCAGUAACCUUUGUUGUGUACGUGAUAGUAUUGGACAUAGUAGCAAUUAUCGAUCGGAAUACUAAAGUUUCUUCGGAAAUCUUCUUUAAGCUAAAUCAAAAUGAGUCAAAAUACGGUGAUGUAAGUUUAGCAUUUGAACUCGAAUAUUCUAUUCCAUUGCUCAUGCUUGCCUACGAUUUGUUGAUUUUUGCAGCCAUGGUAGUAGGAAUGAUUUGUAAACGUUGUGGUGUGCGUAAAGGAAAGUGGUAUCAUAUCGGUAUAGCACCUGCGUCCUGUAUUGUUGUUCACUCUUACCACAUCCUAAUCGGCUUCAUCCAAUCUCCACAUCAUGCUGCUAGCAUUUUUAUAUUCUAUGCAGUGACUGUUUUCAUCUUUUAUGUGACGUUCAAGGCUGCAUACUAUAAUCUAUUUGAAAUGCAUCAGAGAUUUAACAUUAAUGGUGGCAAAAUGAUUAAAUUUUGGACUUGGGGAUGUUGUUGCCCUGAAUAUACAUUGCCACAUCCUGUUGUACUGACAAUUAUGAGUCUUAUAUCAUUUUUCUUGUCCUGUUUUAUGGUAUUUGUGGUAGGGCUCUUCGUUAUUAUACCCAUCAACAUGGCUAUCGAUGAUGCACCCGAACGCUUGUUUAGCAUCAACCAGACUGUCCUCGUGUUUAUCGGUGCUGCUAUCACCUACAAACUGUAUCGAAACCAUGCAGGUGCCAACAACAUCAUAGAGCAGUUAGUGAAGGCGAAUAGAGAAUACUUAGCUACGAAUGGGAUUGAUGGUCAGCUUGUAGCGUGGAAGGAUUUGGAUAAAGUUGAUAAAGAAAUUGAAAUGGGGAAACUUAUGAUUGCGGCUUUACAUACUACUAUCAACCCUCCAGCUUUGCAGCAACAAGGUGGGCAGUGAUUAGAUUCCAGCUCCAGUUCGCAAUCGACAUAAGCUCUGAUUUUGUUAGCUUGCAUGGUUAAAUUGUUUGAUCUACAUGUAUAUAGAGAUCUGCUAGAUUAUAAUUAGUGCUCGUGCACGUAUGUAAAUAAUUAUAAUUAUUCUUUCUAUCGCAACACUCGAAGUGUAUGUAUGUAUAGAUUUUGUAUCGCAA